AUGCUUUUCCUAUAUAUAUCAAGAUUUGAUAUCCAAGAAGAGGAUGAUGAGGAGGAGGGGCCUGAGGAGUUAGAAACAAUAUUCCUUGAGAAUAGUGAGAAUAGUGGUGAUGAUGAUGAUGAAAUUCUUCCAGUGAUAGAGGAAGAAAAUACCCUGAUACACACAUUAGUAAGGACGCGGAAACGUCCUAGGCAUUUUGAGGAUGACCAAUAUAUUUAUCCUAGACCUUAA